AUGAGUCAAGUAGUCGAGAUACAUGAUGAUGGGAGUAAUAAUGAUGAUACGCAUAGAAGUGAUAUAGAAAUCAUCGAUGAAUCGUUUAAUGGAUCGGUAGUGGUGGAUCUUUCAGUUUUAGAUGAUGAAGAUGUACAACCCACCAUACAUGACUCUAUCGAUUGUCCAUCUGGUUUGUCUCCGAUUAGUAACGAUGUUAUUCAUGUUGAUCGAAGGUCCGUUGUCCAUGAUCUCUCACAAGAUUACAUUGAUGACGAAGAUGAUAUUGUGAAAAUUGACAUAAGAGACAGGAGUCACACAAAUAAAUCUGCUGAAUUGUCCAUCCCAUUCGUUAAUGAUGUUACCAGUGAUAGCACAAGUAAAAGUGCAUGGAAAGGUAAUUCUUCUAAUAGGAACUGCAGUAAGCGGAAACUGUUUUAUUCAAGUCCUACUUUUAGCAGAACCAACGAUAAUGAUAUAGAGACACCCAAUGUUCAAAAGAAACACAAAGCUUCGAUCAGACUGUUAGAUGAAUUAUUGUCAGAUGAUUUAUCGCCAUUUAAUAAUAAUGUUUCUAACGAAGGUUCUGCAAAUAGGAAUCGGGAUUCCAACUCUUACAGUUUGAAGAAUUUGGCUGAUAAGUGGGACAUGAAAUCAAGGAGCAUCGUGAAUCAUGUUGCACCACAUGCAACACUCCAAGAUGAAAGUUCCAAAAUUUGUAUUACCACUAUUCCUAAAGCUAAACCUAAUGUGCCGUCCUAUCAAGAGAUAUUUGAUGAUGAUGAUGAUGAUGAUGAUGAUGAUGAUGAUGACGGUAUGUCGAACAAAAAGGAAAUGGCUACUCAACAAGACAGUUUUGGCCUAUCGAGAAAUGUUUUUUCAGAAUAUCCUAUCUCAUCACCAACAGCUGUCAGCAGGCAUGCUAGUAUAAACAAUAAUGUUAUGAAUAACGUUGAAGAUCCAGAAGUUUAUGUUGGAACUGAUCCCAAUGAGGCCGCACCAUCAAUUAGAAUUCAACGAGAAGCAAGAGAAAAAAGCAAGAAUGAAUUACUACAAGUCAGAAAAGACAAAAAUAAGAAAGCUAGUAUCAAAGCUAGUCAAAUAAUAACCACAAGUAAGCCUGAUACUAUCGAAUUGAAUUUAUUGAACUUUUUGAAUGAGGAAGAUGUUCAUACUGAGGACAGUAGUAAUAUAGAUUUGAAUUCACAUAGGGAUGAUGAACUCAGACUGCAAGGUACUCCAACUAAAAGUAAAAAUGGCCCCUUAAGAUCUUUGAGUCAACCCAACCCUCCUUUGGUAGAUAACUUUCCAACAAUACCAAGAAUCCAAAGGUCUAAGACAAUUGGUAUACCAUCAGAUUUGAAUAACGCAUUAAAUGGAAGUAGUAAAAACCUGAGUAAAGUUGAAAAGUUAUCACGAUAUAUUAUUAACACUAGAGCAUAUAGUGAUGAUGAAUCAGAAUCGAUAGUACGACAUUGGCUUCGAGAAAAUAAAGAAGCAUUUAAACAAUCGAAUCAAAUAUAUCGUGAUAAUGUUAAGGCAAGGUCUUCCAUGAUUAUAGAAAUGACGAAAGGAUUGUUAAAUACGUUUACAACGACUAAUGAUGCUUUUAAGGAAUUGGUUUCUCCAGCUACAUUACAAACAAGUUAUGACAAUAAUAUUCCAUUAAUUAGAUUUUUAAGGAGAUGUGAUAGUAUUUAUGACACUAAUCAUGAUCUUUAUUAUCCAUGUGAAACUAAAAUAAUGGAAGAAAAUGUAUGUUUAUUGUAUUAUGAUGCUCAAGAAUUUUUUGAACAAUACUCCACAAAUAAGAAAGAACUAUAUCGAACCACUAGAUCCUUUUCUGGAAGAGAUAAACAUGUUAUUUUGGUAUUAAAUGAAUUAAAUAAAUUGAGAAGAAUGAUUGAUAAUUUGGAAGAUCGUAUAUACAAGGAUCGUGUCAAUGAGCAAUUAACUGGUUCAAAUGUUUCCUCGGUAUCACCAUCAAAGCAGGGGAAAAAUAAAAGAACCAAAAAAAUGGAUGAAAUUGAAAAUCUUGGUAUGAGAAAAUUUGAUCUAGAGCAACGAUUACGAUUUAUUGAUAGAGAAUGGAAGGUGAAAAUUCAUGUUGUUAAUUCUCAUUCAGAAUUUAUCAAUUCACUACCAAAUUUAAUUACUAUCAUCGGUAAGCAACGAUUGGAUCCAAUGAUUAGAUUUAUGGACUAUGCACAUUUGAAUGUCAAAUCAGGUCAAGACAAAAAGGACAUCUUAAAAAAAGUCCUGAGAGAUAUGGGGAAGAUGCAAGAAUUGAAGGCGAAUAGUGUUCUUAAUGCGUAUCCUACAUUCCAAUCCUUAUUUGAAGACUUUGAAAGAGGUCAAAUUAAAUCAGGCUUAGAUGGGAGAUAUUUGAUGACGGAUGCUAUGGAAAAGAGACUUUAUAAACUAUUUACUUGUAAUAAUCCAGAUGAAGUAUUAGAAUAA